AUGCGGAUUAAGGGUUUCGGACAUUUAAUUCAAAAUGAGUCAUCUCAUCAUCAACUAAAGAACUGCAGUGUCGUAAUAGACGGACAAAAUUUCUUUUACAACCAGUACAGGGAUAGUAAGUUGCCAUUUGUUUAUGGAUGUGAAAGUGACAAAUACGCUAAAUACUUAAGAAGUGCCAUGUCUAUGUUCAAACGCGCAAACGUUAAAUGUUACUUUAUAUUUAAAGGUGGUCACAUGGAUUUCUAUAUCGCCUCAUCUAAGAAUAACGUUAAUUGGGAGAGUAAAGAUGUAGUGUUACCAAUUUUCAUGAAAGAUGUCUACAAACAGGUAUUGGAUGAAAUGGAUAUGGAGUACUCAAUAUCCCUUUUUGAAGCAAAAGAUGAUGUAAUUGCUUUCGCAAAAAGAAACAACUGUUGUAUACUUAGCAAUGACAUUGAAUUUAGUUUCUCCGGAUUACCCUAUGUAAAUUAUACUACAAUUGCGUUUAAUCAGAAAAACAAUGCUAUCGAAUGUAAACUAUUCGUUUUGGAUAACUUUUUAGAUAAAUACAAUUUAAAUCGUGACAAAAUAGCCAUAUUUAUCACAUUGACAGAUAUAACAAUUUUUGAAGAAUUUUUUUUUGACAAUUUACGACAAGAUUGGGCAGAUAUAGAACGUAAUACGAAACUAAUAUUCUUAUUAAAUUGGCUUGCAGACACUUCUGUUGAAAAUAUGUUUAUUAUAAUUAAUGAAUAUUUGAGCAGAACUGACCAGGUAGGAUUUUUGGAGGAAUAUGAAAGUGUCAGAAGACGUGUAUUGGACGAUAAAACAGGCAGGUUAUGCACGAUGUAUUUGGAAAAUAGGAACAACGUUGUAAUCAAUGAAAAGGAUCCCGAUUGGUUCGAGAAAGGCGUAGCAUUGGGUCAUGUAGCUAUUCCGUAUGUGAAUCUAUAUCACCAUAAAAAGAUCUCAGGCUCGUGGGCUAUAGAAGGUGACAACAAUGAAGACGGUCUCCGCUUUUCAAUAGACAUACUACAGUAUGCAUUUAAUUUACUUACGAAUUAUGAAAAAGAUGAGUUUAUAUUUAUAAACAAACAUGGAGAACCGGAAACUAUAUCCACAGAAAAUGCGCUGGCAAUGAGACCAGAAUACGCUGCAACUGUUAGCCCGUUUGAAAACGGAUGGGGAAUCUCCUUGAAAAAUCUAAAACUUUUCGAACAUUUCGUGGAGAACAGUUUGGCAGGUUUUAAUUUUAAUUACUUGCAAGAAUUACCAGAAGAUGUAAGACUUGUCGUGAUAUCUUUGAUUUAUUUCUCAUGCAAAUCACCCAGCAAUACCACAGAUAAUAUAGUUCAUAGCGUACUGCUGUCAUACAUCGCCGUGGGACUUCUGUCACAUGACAAUAACAGAGUGGGCCAAGAUGACAGUCCCGUAUUUUCUGAAGCUGAUGUCGAUGCAGCUAUGAGAACAUUAGCUAAUUUCUUUCGUUUACCGCGCUCGGAAGCACGAGAUAUAUAUCGCGAUCAGCUCCUCCAUCCAUUAGUCCAAUUUCAAUUCUGCUUGAAUCAUUUGAAUUAUUUGAAUAAGCUAUGCGGUGCUACCUUUAAACCUACAAUUUAUCACUCGACAUACAAUGGAACAUUCGUGUAUAAAAUUUUGUUCGCAAUAGAAUAUAAUUACGACGGAAAUGGUCGUCAAUUUAUAACACAAAAAUUGAAUCGUUCGCCGUCUGUGUUUGCAUUUUACAAAAGAAUUUAUGCUGUGUAUAAAGAUAUUAAAAAUUCAAUUGAUUUGUAAAUAAUUAUUACAAUAUCAAUAAAUCAUUAACAGAUGUUAACUUACUUUAAUACAGAAAAGUACCAUUUUAUAAAGUACCAUUUUUUUAUUAAUCUUU